UGCAGGGUAGCUGUUAAAAGCAGUACGCUGGGCUUAAGGUCAAGAGAGGAAAUAAGACAGUCACAUUGCACAAUGAUCAGGAAACUGUUGCUGGUUUCUUUAAUAGCUGUCACUGUGGCCAGCGGGCAAGAGAUCACAUUUGAUGGUGGUAGAUGCCUUUGUCAUGAAGUGAAGAAUAAAUUUAAUGUGAAUCCCAGAGACAUCAAAACUGUCGAAAUCUAUCCUGUUUCUGCUUCUUGUGAAAAUAUUGAGGUUGUUAUAACUCUUAAGACGGGAAUUCAACAGUGCCUGGAUCCUAAAGUCAAGAAGAUACAGGAGAUGUUCUCAAAGCUUCAGAAGAAAAAGAAUCACAUUAAGAAGAACUGAAAUGUAUUUCACACUAAAUGCGAACCAGCAAUAAACUCAUAGAAGUUGAUAAUAUUUGUGCUUGUUGAAUAACGUUUUGGAUAUAGCACUCCAAGUACAAAAUAUGUUUACCUUUUUGAAUUUCUGGCUAUUAUAAAAUAUUUCAUAUCUAUUUGUACAUGUAUAUAGUAAUAUAUAAUCAUUACUGGUAAAUACAACUAGAUCUAGAAUAAGGUUUGCCUUUUUCAUACAGUAACUAUAAAAUGUAGUAGUUUAUAUUCUCUAUGAGAAAUGUACACAAAUAACAAUAUUUGUGCACUAUUGUGUUUUUUUUUUUUUCAGUUUUUUUGCUCAUUUCUCUAAAUAUAUGUUUUUGGAAAGCACAUUAUCAUACUGGUAGAUUGUCUGAAGUAACAAAGGUUACUAUAUUAUUUCUGUUGUAUAAGGACAUGCUGAUGGCAAAAGUUGUCAGAAGACAAUUAAGUUUUCAGUCAUGUCAAAUACUGAUAAACUGUCAUGUGGUUGUCUCAAGACUGCUAUGCAUAAAUGGACUUUGUGGUGACAAGCACAAACAGAAACCAGAAGUUUGACGGUGUAAAUUUGACCUUUCCUAGUGCUAGUAUUUAAGUCUGAGUAGUAGCACAAGUCAGUGUCCAGUGGAAGUAUGACUUUUGGUACUCGGUGUACUAAUCCUGUUCUAUCUAAUAACAGACCUGAGUACUUACAAUGGAGAAGUAGGCCAAAUUAUGUGAAUUAGUCACCACAACAGUUGUUCUCACACAGGUUAUAAAAGCUAUAUUCAUUUUCUGAGGUUUUUUUAUCAUAUUUUGUUCACGAUAUAUUUGCAUAACUAGUACAGCUGUCACCAAAGCUGUAAACGUAUAUCAUGUGUCAUUUGUAAUAUUAUGAAUAUUAUAGCCAAAUAUGUAAUAUAAGGUUCCCAGCAAAACUCACUAAAAUUAAUG